AAUCAUUCUUCCCAGUUACCAGUAUCACUGCAGGAAGUUUCGCAUUACUGUCACAUCAGAGCGCGUCCUCCAAGGGGACCAGUAACGGCCUGCAGGCAGGGUCUUUUUUGGUUUCCUGAUUUGUUAUUGCCACGUGCACGUGCUUCGGUUCGACAACGCUUCAGUCGCUUCUGCAUGACUUUGCAUUUCUUGCGUUCAACGCUCUCCUAGUCGAUUAAUUAUUGCGUCUGGUGCACGCGGUUAGUUGCCUUCUCGUUGGUUGCAGGUGGAGCUCAAUUUACAUCCGUAUCCAUCUACCGUGGGUGUUUGGGCGUGUACUGGUUUUAGUACAACUCACGUAGGAAGUCCCGUUGCCCCACUCGUUCACACCGCACAAGUUUCCCCAUAUCUUAAUCUUCAACCAUGAAUUUUCCUGCCGGAUUCCUAGGAAAUAAUGCAGCCGCCAAAGUAUUCUCAUCCCUCCGUCGCAGAGGCAUCUCCAUCCGUCAUAUCGCAUUCACAUUCGGCCUUUCCGUAGCACUCCUGACGCUCUACUUCAACUUCUUCCGACUUACCGGCUACUCAUUUUCCGCUGAUGCUAUGCAUUACCCUCCCGAGACACCAGAGGUAUGGGCAGAUAGAUCCCUUCAAGUCAGGGACGCCUUCUUGCAUGCCUAUCAUGGUUAUGAACGCUUCGCGUUCCCAAAUGAUGAGCUCCGUCCUUUAUCGAACGCCAGCAUAAAUAACUUCAAUGGAUGGGCCGUCACUGCAGUUGACUCCCUUGACACAAUGAUCAUGAUGGACUUAAAACAAGAGUAUAACCGCGCAAUGAUAGCUGUACAUAAUACAAACUUUUCCCUACCCACGAAUACCCGUGUGCCAUUCUUUGAGACUGUCAUACGUCAACUUGGCGGCCUCCUCUCCGCUUAUGCGCUGACUAACAACGAUAUAUUACGCACUCGCGCUGAUGAACUUGGCACAAUACUGGCUCCUGCAUUUAAGACCGCCAGUGGGUUUCCUAAGUUUUCCGUAAACACUGUCAGAGGUACAAGUGACGGGCCAAUGGUCGGAGGCUUGGCAGAAAUUGCGAGUUAUCAAAUGGAAUACGCUUAUCUCGGUAAGAUUACUGGCAAAAAGGAACAUGUUGAUCGAGCCACAGCUGCCACGCGUAACUUUUACAGUGCUGAAUUGCGCGAACACGGCGGUAUGUAUCCGAUGCUUUGGAAUCUGUCAUCGGGACAAGCGAGAGACUCACACCUUUCCGUUGGCGCCGCCUCCGACAGCGCCCACGAGUACAUCCUCAAGCAAUACCUAAUGACCGCUCAGAAGGACAAGGCAAAUCUCGAGAUGUACCUCCGCUUCACUUCCCACGUUUUUAAUAACUUGAUGUACAUCUCGCCGAAUCGCCACCUCUUAUACAUCACAGAUUCGAAAUUGUAUAGGACCGGCAAUCGCCCCACACAUGACUUCGAACACCUAUCUUGUUUUUUCCCUGGCCUACUCGCCCUUGGAGCUCACACCCUUCCGCUUGAUAAUCUCGAAGAGGUUGGACUGAACUUCACUGCGCUCGCAGACGACCUGCUCCCAAAACAAAAAAUGGGCUAUGAGGAGCUUGCCUCAUUCAAUCUUACGGAUUUACAUCUAUGGGCUGCUGAAGGGCUGGCACAGACCUGUUACCUGACUUACGCAGACCAACCGACAGGGUUGGGACCCGAUAUCGUGACCAUGCUAUCUGGCGGCGUGCGUCCCGAGAUACCGUGGAUGGACGCUAUGCGAGAGUGGAGGACAUCUGGUAGAAGAGGUCCCCCACCUGGAGUGGAAGAUAAGCACCCUUGGGUAGGAGAUAGCACCCCUAGGAAUGGGCGAGAGCGUGAGAUGGCCUUCGCUAUGAGAGACUAUUACGUUAAGAACGCUGACUACCAACUGAGACCUGAGACCGUAGAGUCGCUUUACAUCCUGUAUCGUGUCACUGGCGAUGUGAAAUGGCGGCAUCGCGGAUGGGCCAUCUUCCAGGCUAUCGAACGGGAAGCGAAGACUCCAUCGGGGUACGCCAACAUUGACAAAGUGGACACCUACAACCCACAACAGCUUGAUGUUAUGCCUAGCUUUUUCUUGGCCGAAACAUUGAAGUAUCUCUAUCUUCUCUUCCAAGAGGAGGACCCCGUGCCCUUGGAUAAGUGGGUGUUCAAUACAGAAGCUCAUCCAUUUCCCGUCUUUGAAUGGACUGAGAAAGAGAAAGAGGAGUAUGGUGUACCAUGAUAUGUACUCUUCACACAUCCACUAAAUUCAGUGAUUACCAUCACACGAACUGUCAACGUACUAUCUUCGCUGCCUAAUUCUCGCACUGUGCCAUUUACUGUUUUCUGCGCUACUUUGAACGACUCGUGACUCAGUUAAUGAUCAGUGGUUUGUGGGCCGGCCGGUCCGGAGCCAGUGAGGUUGUUCAGCUGGACGGUGGG